GUGUUUCUCGUACCUUGGCGCACACCGAACGAAUCAAUGUUUACAAGGAGGUCCGUAAUACGCUUAUCCGCCGUUAUCCGACCGUGUAAUAUAAAUAGCAGAGCGGCCAUUUGUUCCACACAUAGUUAACUUGUAAACAUGCCGCCUAAAGUCGGAUCGAAAGGAGCUAAGAAAGCCGCCACUAAGGCGAAGACCCAGAAAACUGGGGACAAGAAGAGGCGCAGGAAGAGGAGGGAAUCCUAUGCCAUCUACAUUUACAAAGUCCUGAAGCAGGUCCACCCAGACACUGGCGUUUCCAGCAAAGCUAUGAGCAUCAUGAACUCGUUUGUCAAUGACAUUUUCGAGAGAAUCGCCGCUGAAGCUUCCCGCCUGGCCCACUACAACAAACGCUCAACCAUCACCAGCAGAGAAAUCCAGACCGCUGUCCGACUUCUCUUGCCCGGUGAAUUGGCCAAACACGCCGUCUCUGAGGGUACCAAGGCUGUCACCAAGUACACCAGCAGCAAGUAAACUCAGCAAGGACUUGAACCUCAAACUCAAACGGCCCUUUUCAGGGCCACACAAUUUUUUCGAAAAGAUGCCUUUUAUAACAAUGCAUUGAGAAACGUUUAUUGGUUGACAUUGCAUAUCUACAAAAUAUGCAUACACAAGUGUACUGUGUGUGUUGAAAUGUAUAUCUCGUUGUGUUCAUUUUCAACUGCAUACAUUUCAUCACUUGUGAUACCUUUGUUUGUAACUUUAACCAGUCAUUGAUCAAAUUGAAACUUAAGAUGAAGAUGUUAUCAAAAUAAACAUUUUGG